UUUUAAAUAUAUGACAUAUAUACGUGACUUCGUCCGCGCAAGCGGGCAUUAUAUAUUUAUGCAUGACGAUUGGUCGUAUCAUUUAACGUGUCACAAAUCAAUAAUAACAAAUAAAAUAUAGCUAAAUAAAAAAAACUCAAUUUUACAUUUAGAAUAAGAGUAGAGAUUAUAUAUGAUCAUAGAAAGAUAUAAAAAUAUCUACUUCGGACUUAUCAACUGUGAAACUGGAUAACGAUGAAAUUGUUAUCUUUGGAGAAAAUUAUAAUUUAUAUUAUGUAUUCUUUCAAGGGAUGUAAUGCAGACGCUUACCGCUAAAAAACAACCAAGGCCUACAAUGGCACAGACUCGUACAGCUGAGAAAGUUUUGAAGCCAUUAACUAUUGCUGAAAUGCGUGCAGACAUACAAGCUUUGAAAAUACAGUCUCCUAGAAGAGUCGCCCAAAGUACAAGAGCAACUAAGAAAAAAAUAUGGAACUCUUCUGUAAAGAUUGAUAAGAAAAUAAGUCAUACAGCAGAUGGACAGAUGAAGAAUAAUCCAGUCAGAAAAGUGCUCAACUUCCAAAUGAAACCCAAGUUUGUUACAAACUCAAGAGUCAUUGUACACCAAGUAGCAGAGACACCAAGAUUUCCAAAACCUGAUUUUCGAGCAAAGAAAUCACUUCUUCAAGCCAAAAAUACAGUGAGGAUUAGUGGUGUUUGUAAUAUACCAGAUACACCAGUGGUGGCUAAACCAAUUAAAAGCAAGGUGACUCUUGCAAACAAAGAGAACAACUCAAACCAAUCCAACAUCAUAAAAGAUAAAAAACAAGUACUGCAAAGACCUUUAAGCAAUAAAAAAUUGUUACCACAAUUAAAACCACCUGAAACACCACUAUCUAAUGAAUCUUGGAAAUCUAAUUGUGACGCCAGUUUUCUUCAAAGAGAGAAAGAAAUAAAUGAUAUAGAGAUGAAGAUACAAGCCAUUUCUGAGGAGCAAACUCUUGAAAACAUUGCAGAAGUGUCUCCACCUGUUUCUACUCCAUUCAAAGAGUAUCGGAAUGUGAAGGAGUAUUUUAAUAACUCAAGUGAAUUAGAGAAUUCGGGUCUGUACAGUGAUAACACAAUUAUGUGCUUUGAUAAACCUGUCGAAACUGGUGUCAGCAAUAAUGAUAAUAAAAGAGAAGAGAGUGUUAUAGUCUCCCUCUGUGAUUUACUCACCAAGACAAAAGUUACAAACCAAGAAACGAUUAGCGCUGAACUUAAUGAUUUGUUACAAGUUGCAAAACAGACUGAAUACAAUAUUAAAAUCAUUGACAGUGGUAUUCAGACGCUCAACACUAUCAAGGAUUCACAAAUUAAGUCUUUGCAGUAUGUAAAAAAAUUAAUACAUGACAAAAGAAAUGGACAAUCAAUUCCUGAAUGUGAUAAAGACAAAACCUUAAUGAUUAAAACCAAAGUUACAGCAAAUGAUUUAAAACAAGAAUCAUUAAGCACUGAAAAAAGUCCUAUACUUGUAGAACGUUGUUCUGUUAUUAAAUCACCUUCCUAUAAGAUACCAAAAAAGAACAUGUGUCUGAGAAAAAAAGUGUUUUAUAAGUCAAUGCCAAAUAUUUCAAAUAAUAUUGGAACACCUAACAAAGAUAUAGACAGACGAGCUUUGGACAUGUAUAUGAAAAUGAAAGAGCAAAUGAACUUUUUGAAUACACCUCGAGUUAAAAACAAUAACAGAGCCGUACCUGACACCCCUACUGUUACUUCACACAAUUUACAAAGACAAUUAAAUAAAUUGUAUGGCGGUAGUUAGGGGCAUUUUUAUAAAACAAGAUAUUAAAGAAAUAUUUAGAAAAAAUAUGUAAUGAUUUUACAAUAAAUUAGCAUAAUUUUUUAAGUUUGUAUAAUUUGUGCUUUGUUUAUAAUAUGGCUGCGGGAUGGUAUUUAAAAAAAAUCAUUCCAUUCUAUAUAAUAAGGAAAUAGCUGUGCUAUAAGGACGAAUAUAAUAAUUACAUAUUAUAUCCUCUAAUUUAACACAAUUGUAUAAUAUGUUUUAGUAUAAAGAGUGAAUGCACUUUAUUACCAAUAAUAUUUUUAGUGUGACUAUUAUACUUGUGAAUUUUUAAUUGACUAUUAGUGGUAUAAUACACUAUUAUAUUUAUAAAUGAAUAAUUGAAGAAUAUAAUUUUAAUCUCUUUCUAAAAUUUGCAGUAUCUGAUAGUUUAGAAAUAAAAAAAAUAAGAUCAUUC